UAUCUUUCUUUCAAAUCAUAUCAUAUCCCUCUCUGGAAACUGCUUCUGCUACUUGUCAUCAACCUGUUUUCUCAGUUCUACUCUGUUUCACUUCAUUACCCUCUAAUCAAUCCCUUUUCCAACACUUCUCAAGAGGGUCCUUGAAGCAAGGGUAUUAUUAAUGGAGAGGGACCCAAACUUUAUGGACACGGGCAAGGAAAAAGUGAUUUCAAAUUCCCCAUUGAUUUUCUCUUCCACAAAAGGGUAUAAGGACAAGAGCAUCCCCAACAAUAACAUGCCCUCCUGGCUUCUCACCAGCAUUUCUGACUUGGAGGAGAGAAUGAAAGUGUUGGCAAUGACCACAACAGAAGAUGAAGAGAUUGGUGAUACUUUCGCAGAAAGAGCAGAGUCUUACUACCAAAAGAGGCCUCAACUGUUGUCCCUUUUGCAGGACUUGUAUAAUGGCUAUAUCACCUUAUCCGACCGUUAUAUCCAAACAUUAGCCAAGCACAAGCAUCAGAGUCAUAGUAGACACUCUUCUCAAGUCUCAACUGUGGAUGAAGGCUUUUCUGACCAGGAAGAAGUAAGUGGUGUUAGUCAUUUUGAUUCAGAUCUUGAAAGCUCAAUCUCUUACCAACAUCCCCUACCCAUGAUGAUGCCGAUGAUUCUACCUAGGAGUAGCUCCAUACUCGAUUUGGAUGCCAUUGUGGCUGAGCUUGUGAUUAGGAAUGUUGAAUAUGAUGUGUUGAUGCAUGAGGUUGGCGUCAUGGAGAGGAAGUACUGUGAGUCAUCAAGGAAAAGUGAGCUUCAGAAGAGCUUGCUUGAGGUGUUGGAGUCUGAGAGGAUUGUUUUGUUGAAUGAGAAUGCAAGUUUGAGCUAUAGAGUCAAUACUUUGGUGGAAGAGAACAAAGAGCUUGCAUCUGAGUCGGUGUUCAUUAAGAGGAAAGCUGGUGAGUUAGCUAAGUGUGUGCUGAAGAUGAGGGAGGAUCAUAGAGUGUACUUGCUCCAUAGGAAAAUUGAAGAUCUUCAAGCACAGAUACAUGGGUUGGAGAAGAGGAACAAAGAGUACUACGAGAGACUUUUGAGAAGAGAUGGUGAAGAGGAUGAUAGCAAAGUGAAGACCAAUGAGGGAAUAGCUUUGGAGGUGUGUGUUCAGAUGGAGAAGCUUAGAAGGUUCAAGUGGAAAGAUGGCAACACUUCUGGGAAGAAAUAUGAUGGGAAGAAAGGCCAUAGUUUAUGGAAAAAACUCAAGAACAUGGACUUGUUACUGUGUGGGACUAAUCCAACAUGUGCUUAAGGAUUUGAUGGGUGGUGGUUUUUGUGUCCACAGAAGUUUUAUUAAAAUACUUUUAUGUAUACUUUUUGGCUCUUGAAAGGUAGUAGUAGGUUACUAGGUUACUUGUAAGCCAUGGUGGUGUACAUUCCAAUAUGGGGCCUUUGAAGUAGAGUGCAUGUGAACCACUUCUAGCUAAUCCU